UACAUUUUCCCAUUUUGCAGAACUGUGUUAGUUUCAAAAAGUUUAAUGCUCACUAAAGAUUUAGUAUCCCUUAAAAUAAUGACCAGAUCAAAAAGCCCAAGUCCUGUGGAGUCGAGGAAAAAGUCAAGCAAGCAUAAAAGUCGCUCCAAAGAUGAUGAAUAUAGAUCCAGGGAUCGGGGUCAUUCAAGGUCAAAAGAUAGAGAUCGUAAACGACAUCGAUCAAGGGAACGAAUUAGCAGACACAGCAGUUCAAAACGAUCUCGUUCAAAAUCAUCGAGCACGGAACGCACAGAUAUAUUUGGAAGAGCUUUGAGCAAGAGAACUGCACUUGAAGAGAAGAAAAGAAGGGAAGAAGAAGAAUUGAGGCUUGCUAUUGAGAGGCAACGGUUAAUCCAAAAGAAAGAACUUGAAGAAAAGAUGAUUGAAGAUGAAACCGCCAAGCGAGUCGAGGAGUUGGUGAAGAAGAGGGUGGAGGAAGAAUUGGAGAAACGGAAAGAUGAAAUUGAAAAAGAGGUGUUAAGACGGGUAGAAGAAAUGAAACACAUCAUGGAAAAGCAAAUGUUAGAGGAAAUGGAGAGACAAAAACUAGCAGAGUUACAAGCCAGGCAGGCUAAAGAGGAGGAAGAAACCCAAAAGCGGACGCAGCUGGAGGAAAUAUUAAAAGAAAACGAUCGAAAAAUGAAGGAAGCUGAAGAAAGGAUGAAUGAAGAACGGUUAGCAAUGGUGGAGCAACAACGUUUAAUUCAUGAGGAGAGAAUGCGAAUGGAAGAAGAUAGAAAAAAGCAACGAAGAGCCGAACAAAAUGUCAUUUUAGGAAAGAAAAACACGCGACCAAAGCUUUCAUUCUCUCUCAAAUAGAUCUAAAGCAUCAGGCUGUGUUAAACAACCUGCUAUAACGCCCUCCACGAUAGCUGUAAGCCAGGAUAGAUGAAGUGGUUUACCCACUGUAUGGUGGCGCAGUUUCACGUGGAGUUUCUGAUAAUUUUACAAGUUUUUUUGACUUUUUUCGCAAUUCUAUUUAUUGUGCAUCUUUGCGCAAUGUGUGUGUGUUGCCCAUAAUGGGAUAUUGUUUGGAUAAAUUGAACGCACAAUCACAUAGGGUAAGUAUAGAUAAUAAAUAUGAAAUUCAGUUUUGCGCAAUAUGGAAAAAA